AAGAGAGGAACAGAGGAGAGGAGCUGGCUGCACAGCAGGUUGCCAACUCUGACUAGAGAGAAGUAAGUCCAUGACCCUGAACUACUACAGCGAUGGACAAGAAAAGUGCAAAUGGCUACCCUAGAUCCGAAGGAGAGAGUGGAGGUGGGGGUCAGAGGAAGCAGCUGCCCUACUCCGUAGAGACCCCCUACGGCUUCCACCUGGACCUUGAUUUCCUCAAGUAUGUGGACGAUAUCGAGAAAGGCAACACCAUCAAGAGGGUGCACAUCCAGCGCAAGGCCAGAGGCCCUCCUAAGUUCAGCACCCUGCCCAGGAACUUCAGCCUGCUUGGGCAUGGAGCCAGGCCGGCCCCUAAGGACACCUGGUCCUCCACCUCCACCCUAGGGCCCAAGCCCCGGGGCAGAAUUACUGAUGUCCAGCAGAUCUUGGAUUUUAGACCCAGUGAUGGAGGUAGUGGCGCAUCGGGGGGUCAUAGCCAGAACAGCAGGGUGCAGGGGAGUAGCUUUGCCUCUGCCAGGCCCAGGGAGGAGGCAGGUGCUGGGCCUUGGGUGUUAGGCGAACAGCCCCUGGGGAGGCCCAACCUCCUUCGGACGUCCAGCAUGCCAGUCACCAUCCCGCACAGGAAGGCCUCUGAGUCUGGGGACGAAAGAACGGAGAACGGCUCAUCUGAGAACGUGGUCCGCGCUGUUCCCCAGGACCGGUCGGGGCUGCACCAGCAGAUCACCGCAGCCCUGAAGAGGGUCAGAGAGCUGGAGGACAUGGUGAGGACCAUCCCAGAGCUCAAGUCCCAGAUCUGCUCACUGAGGGUGGAGAGAGAGCAGCUAAUCCUCAGGCUGCAGGUCCAAACCAAGCCCCAGCCUCCAGCCCACCCACAAAGUGCCUCGCCCUCCCCAGCCCUAAGCACUGAUCCUGGGCCAGCCUCUCAGCCGCCGGGGGCUGAAGCAACAGUGGAUCCCGGGAGAGCAGAGAGCACCGUGUCAGAGACAGAAAUGCAACAGGAAUCCUUAAAGAGUACCGCACAAGAAGAAGAACCAGAUAGGCUUUUAGCAGCACAGGAACCAGAGAGACAAGCACAGACAGCAGAGGGACCAGAUAGACAAACAGCAUUUCUGAAUCCAUUAGUGCACACAGAGGAAAGGCAAACAGAGCAACCAGAGAACAUUGCAACACCGAAAGCACCAGAACCUUUAGACAACAGAGUGUUUGUGCAAGUCGUAGAGGGAGUCAGUGUCAGUGGUGAGGAGGACCUGCUCAGUGUCGAACAGCUCCAGGCUAAGCUAGUAGCGCUAGAGGCUAAGCUAAGUCAGGCUAGCGAAGACCUGGAGAGAACGAACAGUCUCCUGAAACAACAGGUAGAGGAGAACAGGAUGAAGGAGGAAAGGAUACUACAGCUGAGCGUGGGAGGGACAGGAGGAGCGGAGGAGGUGUCCAGGGAGAGACAGACAAGUAGGAGGACCAGUGUGGACCAGCAGACCGAGACAGAGAGAGUGGGAAGUGCGAGUCAGGAGACAGAGACGGAGAGGGCGGAUACGGUGGAGCAGGGCACAGAUACAGAAAGGAUAGUCAUCUGUUUAAUCGGAAAGGGGGCUGGUGGUGUGGAACAGGGGACGGAGACGGAGCGGUUUGACACUCAAGACCAGGUGACAGAGACAGAGAUGGUCGUUAUAUGUCCAGUCAGACCGCGGGCUAAAAGUGUGGAUCGGCGAACAGAGACGGAGAGAGUGGAUACAAUGGACCAGGUGACAGAGACACCGCCUGGAGACAGCUUAGACCAGGUGACAGAGACAGAGAUGCAGACAGUAGUCAAUGUAGAUCAGACAACAGAGACAGCACCUGUGCGUCCAGUGAGACCAGCGAGACAUAGGGCUAACAGUGUGGACCGGGGAACAGAGACACAGACACUGGAUCCUGUGAACCAGGUGACAGUGACAGAGACACAGACAGGAGUCCGUGUAGACCAGGUGACAGAGACACAAACACAGACAGCACCUGUACGUCCAGUGAGACAUAGGGCUAACAGUGUGGACAGGGGGACAGAGACAGAAAGAGUGGGUACAGUUGACCAGGUGACAGAGACAGUCGUAGCACAGAGUGCAUAUCAGCAGACAGAGACAGAGGGAGACAGAGUCGAGACCAGCAAUAACCCACAUAGGGAAAUAGAGAUUGAGAGUGCGGCCAUAGUAAGUGCGGCCAUAGAAAGUGCGGUCUCAGAAAUUGUGGAAGCAGAACGUGUAGUCUCACGCAGUGUGGUUAAAGAUGGUGAGAUCGCUGAGAGUGCGGUACGUUUUGUGGUUAUAGAAAGUGUGGGCAAAGAGAAUGGGGUCACAGAGAAUGUAGUCACAGGAAGUAUGGUAAAGAGGCAAGUAGUGGUAGUAGAGGAGACUGUCGUUGAACAAAUUACAUUGACUGAAAGUGUUGUUACACAGAGUACAACCACAGAGAGUACAGUCAUAGAGAAUUUGGCAACUGAGAGUGAGGUUGUAAAGACCACAGUUACAGAGAGUACGGUCACAGAAAGUGCGGUCAUAGAAUCUCCAACCCCAGAGAGCCCAGAAGUAGCACCCAGUCCCUCUUCCAGCCAGACCCAGAUGGGUCAGAAGGAGUCGGAGCAGACCCAGCCCCAGUCACAGGACUCUCGUCGGGGGUCCAACCCAGUGUUGGCCCAGGCCCCUCGCCAGGGGUCUAACCCAGCCCUCGGCCAGGUGGUGACGCGCCUCACAGGGCUGAUCAAUGAGCAGUGGGCCCAGCUAGGUAGCAGCCAGGACAAGCCAGACAAGCAGGAGACCACCAGCCCGAGUGCCCAGAAGCCUGCAGAAGGGCAGGGCAUGCCCGCUGCAGGGAAGCCUUUAGCGGGGAAGGCAACGGGGAAGUCAGGUCUGUCUAAGAUGAGCUCCAUCCAGAGCCAGCUGGUCAGUUCCCUCAGUGCCCUGUCUGCCUUCUACUCCCCUGGACAGAAGGCAGCUGCCAGCAAACAACAAGGUCUGAAAUCCAUCAUGAAGAAGAACGAUGCUGCCGACAAGCAGGGGAACAGAGGAGGAGCCAAGAAGAACCUAAAGUUUGUGGGAGUCAACGGAGGGUAUGAGACUACCUCGAGUGAGGAGGAAUCCAGUGAGGAGGAGAAGGGGGAGGUAGAGGAGGAGGAGGUGGACAGCUCUGAGCUUGAGGAGGAGCAGGAGAAGGAGGAGGGAGCUGGAGCAGCUCAGGGCCCGGGGGAGGCCACAGCUACAGAGGAGGAGGCCCAGGGAGCAGGGGCCCAGGCUGGGGAGACAGAGGGCCAUGAAGACUCUCAGGACCCAGAGAACAGCCAGGCACUCCUGGAGGAGCAGCCAGCUGCAGCAUCAGGGGAGACGAUCGAUAAGGGCUUCAUGGAAGCGUGUCACUACAUUAAGGAUCGUAUGGCAGAGGUGGUGGCCCCCGAUGUAGAAAUGAGACAUGUCCUGAUGGUGUUGUACCAGGAGUGGUUCCGUGUGUCCAGUCAGAAGGACUCUCUGGCUGACACCGUCACCCUCUACCUGAGAGAGGUGGGCAUCGCCACGCCGACCCUCCUGCGUUACAUCGUGAACCUGGCCGACGGUAACGGCAACACAGCGCUCCACUACAGCGUGUCCCACUCCAACUUCCCUGUGGUCAAACUGCUGCUGGACACAGGUCUGUGUGAGGUGGACAUCGUGAACAAGGCGGGCUACACAGCCGUGAUGCUGGCCUCCCUGACAGCUGCUGAUGGAUCAGAGGACAUGGAGGUGGCUCUGCAGCUACUGAGACAGGGAGAUGUCAAUGCCCGCGCCAGCCAGGCAGGGCAGACGGCUCUGAUGCUAUCGGUCAGCCAUGGUCGUACAGCCAUGGUGCGGUUGCUGCUGAGCUGCCAAGCUGACCUCAACAUUCAGGACAAAGACGGUUCGACCGCACUCAUGUGCGCGUGUGAGCACGGUCACACCGAGAUCGUUCGGGUGCUACUGGAGUCUGGCCACUGUGACACCAGCCUCACAGACAAGGAUGGUCAGAGGGCUGUGUCGGUGGCGGUAGCGUCCUCCCACGCUGAGAUAGUUGACCUACUCAAGACCCACUCAGAUUCCACCACCACCCAGGCCUCCAACCCCUCUACCACCACCUCUGCCACCAUCAUCACCACCACCACAGCCUCUCUCCUCUGAGCCCCCUCCCGUAGCCCCUCUCUAACCCCUACCCCAGCCCCGGACCCACCCACCCUGGACCCACUAUACCCCGGACCUCUUUCCCUGGACCAGAGGAGGCUGGUGGGUGGAGGUAUAAGAGGACGGGCUCAUUGUAAUGGCUGGAGUGGAAUAAAUGGAACGG